AUGACUUCCUCGCGAGAGGAGCGGCUACAAAUGCGACAGCGCGGAGCUGGCACGCGCGAAAUUAAGGCAGUUGACUUCGGAUUCUCAUUCGGAGGACCAGCGCUGGGCCCAUCAGAGCCUGCGCCACUGUCCAUUGUGCCAGAACCAGCUGCGCCGACUACCUCAACACCGCCGACGCUGAAAGUUUCACAACAAUCCGAGUCGCAAAGGGAAGAGAAGAACGGGCGCACCCCAGGAAGCGCACGUAAUUCCCUCCCACAGCGUCCCUCGACAUACGACAUACCUUCGGACGAUGUACCUGCACAGCCGCGAAGCAUUAAAAGGAGAAAACCCAAUCCUCCUAAUACCACAUUCGACACCCCUUCUCGUCAAAAUGCCCCACAACCUCAGAAUGGCGACUCCGUGCUGAAUGGAAAUGGCGAGACGGGUCAUACAGAAGUACCAUCAACUCACGCAUCCGAAGCUCCUGUCGCAGACCCGCCUCAACCGAUGGUCGUUGAUAUCCCGCCUGAGUCUCAACCAUUACCCCUUCCAGAAUCCACUAUCACCGAUCCAAGACCGACAGACAAGCCCCCGGAAGCUACUGGCGGAGAGAUAACGACUUCUACUACAUCUAAAGAGCAACCACCCCGCAGACCAGGAGCUUCGUCCGAUCGCGCCCGGUCGUCCAAACUACGUGAAACCCAAUCAGUUGCCGAACAAAAUCAACCUAGGCCAUCGAGCACGGGGCAGCGAAAGAGUGUAUCCCCUCGACCCAGCAAUCCGGCGCAGGUGAAUCAAGAAGAGCAGGCGAAGCGACCCACGCGAAAGUCUACAUCUCCAAUUUUUGAGGAGACAGAAAUCGCAAAAACGAUAACCGAGGCUUCUUCGAAACCAAAGCGCCCGCGCGGGAGGCCAUCCCUUACCAGAAAGACGACAGAAGUUGAAGACCGCCCACAGAACCAAGCUGAGCCUACGAAGCCCACCAAGCGUCCAAGAGGGAGGCCCUCGCUCGCCAAAAAGACAGUCGAGGUCGCAGGAGCUGAAAAUAUACCACCAGAUGAGGCUACAAAGACCACGACUGGAGCGCCGUCGAAACCCAAGCGUCCUCGUGGGAGACCGUCCGUGGCAAAAACAGCUGCCGAAACAACAGAUGUUGAAGAUCAGCCAAGUAGUCCAAUUGAGCCCAUACAGGCCACGGGUGAAUCUUCAAGCACAGCCACGCAUCGGGGCCAUAAGAAGGCAAAGACACGACCUGAACCGCUUCCUGCGGAAGUGGAAGAGCCUCAAGCACAAGAACAGGAGUCGCCAAAGGCUCGCCGUGGCCGACCUGCAAAGAAAGCUAAGCCUACUGCAGCGCCAGAGACAGAGGCAGGGGGGGAAGAAGUUGAAGUUGAAGUGCAGGAAGCGGAACCUGCACCAUCCAAACCUCGUCGUGGCCGACCCGGGAAGAAAACCAAACGUCCAACAGAAGCGGAGGAGCAGGAGCAAGGAGUGCAAUCAGAAGAGGAGGCCCUGCAAGAGACACGCCGGAAAACAAGAGAGCGAGAGCCUCGAGGAGAAACCGUUCCUGUUACAGUUCAUCGUCUUACCAAUGCUUCUGCAUUGGGCUCGAUGUACGCAGAUGAGUCUGGCGGCCGAGAAGAGGAGUCGGCGGACGAGCUUUCGUCUCGUCAAAAGACCAAGCUGCCCAGCCGUGGUGGUGUCAACCCCGCCGACGUCCUGAGCCAGAUUUGUCGCGAGACCCUGGAGAAGACGCUCGCAACGCUCAAAAACGGCAUCGCAAACGAGUCGAAUCCCACACGGCGUGCAGAAUGGACGCGCAAGCGAAAGGCCGUCGAGUCAUUCGGCUCCGAACUGGAUGGCCGGCUUCUUGACCUGAGCGAGAUGCUCGACAGCAACUUUGUGCUGGGCGUGCAGCUCAAAAACUCAAAGCGAGAGAUGAUGGAUCUGCGAAGCCAUCUAUACAAGGUACGGCGGGAACGCGAGAGUAUAGCUCUGCAUAUGGAUGCGGUGCGCGCGAAGCACAUGGAAGAGGAGAAUGAGAAGACAGGACGCGCCACCAUCAACAAUUCCCUCCACAGCCUCGAGCUUGCGCUUGAUCGCAGCCAGCAUCGUCCUUCUACAGAGCCCUCUUCUGCCGACGUCGAGUUUAUGCUUCGCACCGUCGCCGACGUGAGUAGUCGGACUCCUGGAGCACAGGGAGGCCUGUUGAAUCGAAUCCGCGCCUUCAAUGCACAGCUGGAAAGUACGGCGCAACGCCUAGAAAGAAAGUAA